GUUGUUGCUGGUGGAAAUGGAGCUGGUUCAGCAUUAACUCAAAUAACAACAAGUUAUGCUAUGUUUGUUGAUAGUCAAUCGAAUAUCUAUGUAUCUGAAUAUGGUAAUCACAGAGUAACACUAUGGUUAUCAACAAAUACAACAUCGGGAACAUUAGUUGCUGGUGGAAAUGGUGCAGGAAGUACAUCAGAAAGAUUAUAUAAUCCUUGGGGUAUUUAUGUCAAUGUCAAUGGAUCAAUGUAUAUAUGCGAUACAUCAAAUCAUCGAGUUCAACUUUGGCAACCUGGAGCAAUCAGUGGUAGCACCGUUGCUGGUGCAACUAGUGAUCCAGGUCCAAAUGCAUAUCAAUUAAAUACUCCAACAGGCAUAACAGUUGAUCCAUAUGGUUAUAUAUAUGUAUUGGAUACCUCAAAUUCACGUGUUCAAAAAUGGUUUCCAGGUGCAUCUUAUGGCAUAACAGUAAUAGCAACAUCCAUGAAUACUCCAUAUGGAUUGCAUGCUGAUAAUCAAGGAAAUCUUGUUGUUACGGAUACAUAUAAUUAUCGAAUUCUAUCUUUUGCUAUGACAUGUCCUGGUACAACAACAACGACAACGGCACCACCAUUUCAAGGAACUGUUCCAGUUUGUUCUACAGCUGUUUGGAAUCAAACAUAUUCUACGUUAGUUGGAACAUUUAAUACAUAUGGUUCAACAGCAACGUUAUUAUAUAAUCCAUCAAGUAUUGCUUUUGAUGGGUAUGGAUAUAUGUAUAUUGCUGAUAUAAGUAAUCAUAGAAUUCAACGAUAUCCACAAGGAUCAAAUAUUGGUACAACUGUAGCUGGUGCAACAGGUUCUUGGGGAAGUUCACGAGCACAACUUUACAAUCCACAUGGAUUACAUGUUACUAAUAAUGGAACAAUGUUUAUAUUAGAUACAUCAAAUUAUAGAGUUUUAAGAUGGCAAUUAGGAUAUCCAAUGGGUUAUAUUGUUGCCGGUGGAAAUGGUGGUGGUGCAGCAUACACUCAAAUUGGUGCAAGUUAUGCUAUAUUUGUUGAUGAUCAAUAUAAUAUUUAUAUAUCAGAAAGUGGCAAUCAUCGUAUUACAAAAUGGAUUAGUCAAAAUACAACUGCUGGAGCUUUAGUUGCUGGCGGAAAUGGUGCUGGUAGUACAGCGGAUAAAUUAUCUAGUCCUUGGGGAAUCUUUAUUAUUAAUAAUUCUACAUAUAUUGUUGAUCAAGGAAAUCAUCGUGUUCAACGAUGGGAUUUUGGUGCAAGUCUUGCUACAACAGUAGCUGGUUCAACGAGUGAUCCAGGUCCAUGGGCAUAUCAAUUCAAUACUCCAACAUCAAUUACACUUGAUCCGUAUGGUUAUAUAUAUAUAUUAGAUUCAGCAAAUGAUCGACUUCAAAAAUGGUAUCCAGGUGCAUCCUAUGGAAUCACAGUCGUAUCAGCAACAAUGUAUGGACUAUAUUCAAUGCAAUUUGAUCAUUCUGGUAACAUUGUUAUAUCAGAUACAUUUUAUCAUCGUGUUCUAUCAUUCACUUCACCAACAACAACAACAACCCUACCACCUACUCAAACAGCAAUACCAGUAUGUCAAACAGCUAUAUGGAAUCAAACAUUUACAAUAUUAGCUGGUACAACAUCAAAUAUUGGAUCAACACCAACAUUACUUUAUUAUCCAUAUGAUGUAACUUUUGAUGGCUAUGGAAAUAUGUAUGUUGCAGAUUAUUAUAAUCAUAGAAUUCAAAGAUUUUCUCCAGGUUCAAAUGCUGGUACAACAGUUGCUGGAUCAUCAGGUUCAGCUGGAAGUUCUCGUUCACAGUUGCGUUAUCCAUCAACGGUUUUCGUUAGUACAAAUCAAGAUAUGUAUAUUUUAGAUACAAAUAAUUAUAGAGUUUUAAAAUGGCAAUUAGGGGAACCACUUGGUUAUAUCGUUGCUGGUGGAAAUGGCAAUGGUGCAGGAUUUACUCAAAUUGGUGCAAGUUAUGCAUUGUUUGUUGACUCAAAUUAUAGUAUUUAUAUAUCUGAACAAACAAAUCAUCGUGUUACAAAAUGGUCUAGCAGAAAUAUAUCGGCUGGAAUUUUAGUUGUUGGUGGAAAUGGUGCUGGAAAUACAGCCGAUAAACUGAAUUCGCCAUGGGGAGUUUAUGUUGAUGGUAAUGAAACUAUUUUCGUUGUUGAUAGAGGAAAUCAUAGAGUACAAAGAUGGGAUGCAGGUGCCAGUCUUGGUACAACAAUAGCUGGUUCAACAAGUGAUGCAGGUCCAUGGUCAUAUCAAUUUAAUAAUCCAACAUCAAUUACAUUUGAUCCUUAUGGUUAUAUGUAUAUAUUAGAUUAUAGUAAUAAUCGAGUUCAAAAAUGGUAUCCUGGUUCAAGUUAUGGUUCAACUGUUGCAUCAGGAUCAAUGAAUUUACCAGUUGGCAUGUCAUUUGAUCGUCUUGGAAAUCUUGUUGUAGCUGACACAAGUUAUCAUAGAAUUAUUUCUUUUAGUGUUAUGUGUCUUUCGCCAACAACAACAACAACAACAGCACUACCAUUUUCAACAACAAGUCCACUGUGUUCAACAGUUGUUUGGAAUCAAACAAUGUCAAUUAUAGCUGGUACAACAUCAAAUGCUGGUACAACAUCAAUAUUAUUAUACAAUCCAUAUGACGUUGAUUAUGAUGGUUAUGGAAAUCUAUAUGUUGUUGAUUAUAGUAAUCAUAGAAUUCAAAGAUUUCCACCAGCAUCUUCUAGUGGUACAACUGUAGCUGGUGUAACAUCUUCUUGGGGAAGUUCACGUGCGCAAUUGUAUUAUCCGACAUCAAUUAGUGUAACACAAAAUGAAACAAUGUUUAUAAUGGAUACAUCAAAUUAUAGAGUUUUACGAUGGGUAGUUGGUGACCCAUUAGGUUAUAUUGUUGCUGGUGGAAAUGGUGGUGGUGGAGCAUACACUCAAAUUGGUGCAAGUUAUGAAUUAUUUGUUGAUAAUCAAUUUAAUGUUUAUGUUUCGGAAAAUUCUAAUCAUAGAAUUACCAAAUGGUUAUCUACAAAUCCAACUAAUGGACUUUUAAUUGCUGGUGGUAAUGGUCAAGGAAAUGCAGUAGAAAAACUAGAUUCACCAUGGGGAAUUUAUAUUGAUAAUACUGGUGGACUAUAUAUUGUUGAUCGCAACAAUCAUCGUGUUCAAUAUUGGCCAUUUGGAGCAAGUUUUGGUACAACGGUAGCUGGUUCAACAAGUGAUGCAGGUCCAUGGUCAUAUCAAUUUAAUAGUCCAACAUCAAUUACAUUAGAUAUAUACGGUUAUAUCUAUGUUAUGGAUUUUAACAAUGAAAGAAUUCAAAAAUGGUUUCCAGGUGCAUCUUUUGGCGUUACUGUUGCAGCAACAAAUAUGUAUAAUCCAUAUGGUAUGACAAUGGAUCCACAUGGAAAUUUGAUUGUAGCUGAUACCUCUUAUCAUCGUAUUAUUUCAUUUAGUCCUACUUGUCCGGCUCCAACAACAACAACACCUUCACCAGGAACUCAAGCAACAGUCCCAUUAUGUCCAACGGCUAUUUGGAAUUCAACAUUUACAAUAGCAGCUGGUUCAACAUCAAGUGCUGGGUCAACAUCAAUAUUACUUUAUUAUCCAUAUGACAUUGAUUAUGAUGGUUAUGGAAAUCUGUAUGUUGUUGAUUGUUAUAAUCAUAGAAUUCAAAAAUAUCCAUUUGGAUUAUCUAAUGGUACAACUGUAGCUGGUGUAACAUCUUCUUUGGGAAGUUCACGUUCGCAAUUGUAUUAUCCGACAGCAAUUAGUAUAACAUCAAAUGGAUCAAUGUUUAUAUUGGAUACAUCAAAUUAUAGAGUUUUAAAAUGGCAAGUUGGUGACACAUUAGGUUAUAUUGUUGCUGGUGGAAAUGGUGGUGGUGGAGCAUACACUCAAAUUGGUGCAAGUUAUGGAAUCGUUGCUGACGAUCAAUAUAAUAUUUAUAUAUCUGAACAAACAAAUCAUCGUGUGACGAAAUGGUUUAAUGGAAAUACAACUGUUGGAACUUUGGUUGCUGGUGGUAAUGGUCAAGGAAAUACAGCAGAAAAACUAAAUUCACCAUGGGGAAUUUAUGUUGAUAAUACUAGUGGAAUAUAUAUUGUUGAUCGUGGCAAUCAUCGUGUCCAAUAUUGGUCAUUUGGAGCAAGUUUUGGUACAACGGUAGCUGGUUCAACAAGUGAUGCAGGUUCAUGGUCAUAUCAAUUUAAUAAUCCAACAUCAAUUACAUUAGAUCAAUAUGGUUAUAUGUAUAUAUGUGAUUAUAGUAAUAAUCGAGUUCAAAAAUGGUAUCCUGGUUCAAGUUAUGGUACAACUGUUGUAUCAGGAUCAAUGAAUUUACCAAUUGGAUUGAAAUUUGAUCGUCUUGGCAAUUUAGUUGUAGCUGAUACAUCUUAUCAUCGUGUUAUUUCAUUUAGUGUAGUGUGUGCUGCAACAACAACAACAACAACGUUACCACCGCCUCAAACUCAAAUUCCAUUAUGUUCAACGGCAAUUUGGAAUUCAACAUUUACAAUAGUAGCUGGUGCAACAUCAAGUUCUGGGUCAACAUCCAUAUUAUUAUCUUAUCCAUAUGGUAUUGCUUUUGAUGCAUAUGGAUAUUUUUACGUUGCUGAUUAUAAUAAUCAUAGAAUUCAAAGAUUUCGACAAGGAUCAAAUAUAGGAACAACAGUAGCUGGUUUUAAUCCAUCAUCGGGUAGUGGACGUUCAGAAUUAAAUAGUCCAUCAGAUGUAUAUAUUGAUUCCAAUGAAACAAUGUAUAUAUUAGAUACUUAUAAUUAUCGCAUUUUAAAAUGGCAAGUUGGAGAAUCAAUUGGCACAACGAUAGUUAAUGGUCGAGGUUCUGGUUCAACAUUCGAUAAGAUAGGAAGGAGUCAUGGAUUUUUUAUCGAUAAUGAUUAUAAUAUUUAUGUAUCUGAAUAUGUAAAUCAUCGAGUUACACUAUGGUUUAAUGGAAAUAAUACUGUCGGAUUAUUAGUUGCUGGUGGAAAUGGUCUAGGAAAUGCAGCAGAAAAACUAAAUUCACCAUGGGGAAUUUAUGUUGAUAAUACAAAUGGAAUAUAUAUUGUUGAUCGUGGUAACCAUCGUGUUCAAUAUUGGCCAUCUGGUGCAAGUCUUGCAACAACUGUAGCUGGUUCUACUAGCGAUCCUGGCUCGUGGUCAUAUCAAUUUAAUAAUCCAUCUUCAAUUAUGCUCGAUCCAUAUGGUUAUAUUUAUGUUUUGGAUACUAGUAAUGCAAGAGUUCAAAAAUGGUAUCCAGGAGAUCCAUAUGGAAGAACAAUAUUAUCAGCAACAAUGAGUAGUCCAAUUGGAAUGUCUCUGGAUUUUUCAGGAAAUUUAUUUAUAGCCGAUACAUCUUAUCAUAGAAUUUUAUCUUUUAAUUUAUUAUGUCCAUUAGCAACAACAACAACAACAACACAGCCACCAACAUCAUCUCAAAAUCAAAUUUGUGCAACAGCUAUUUGGAAUCAAACACUUUCAGUAUUGGCUGGUACAGCAUCAAGUCCUGGAUCAACAUCAACAUUAUUAUAUAAUCCAUCUGACAUAUAUUUUGAUGCAUAUGGAAAUAUGUAUAUUGCUGAUAGAACAAAUCAUAGAAUCCAAGUAUUUCGAUCAGGACAAACAACAGGUACAACUGUAGCUGGAAAUUCAGGUUCAUCUGGUUAUGGAAGAAGUGAAUUAUAUAAUCCAUAUGGAAUAUUUGUUAGUUCUAAUCAAACAAUGUUUAUAUUGGAUACAACAAAUUAUAGAGUUUUAAAAUGGCAAUUAGGAGAACCGAUUGGUUAUGUUGUUGCUGGUGGAAAUGGAGCUGGUUCAGCAUUAACUCAAAUUGGUGCAAGCUAUUCAUUCUUUGUUGAUGAUCAAUAUAAUGUUUAUGUAUCAGAAAAUGGAAAUCAUCGUGUUACUGUAUGGUUUAGUCGAAAUAUAACUGCUGGAGCUUUGGUUGCUGGUGGAAGUGGUGUAGGAAAUGCUGACGAAAAACUAAAUUCACCAUGGGGAGUUUAUGUUGAUUCAAAUCAAACAGUUUAUGUUGUUGAUAGAGGAAAUCAUCGUGUUCAACGUUGGUAUGCAGGAUCAAGUACAGGUGUAACAGUAGCUGGUUCAACAAGUAAUCCAGGUUCAUGGUCAUAUCAAUUAAAUAGUCCAGCAUCAAUUAUACUUGAUCCAUAUGGUUAUUUAUAUGUAUUAGAUUCUGGAAAUACAAGAGUUCAAAAAUGGUUUCCUGGAGAUAGUUAUGGUAGAACUAUUCUAUCAGCUACAAUGAGCAAUCCAUUAGCAAUAAAAAUUGAUCUUUUUGCUAAUCUUGUUAUUGCUGAUACAUCUUAUCAUAGAAUAUUAUCAUUUGGUUUAGUAUGUCCUGGAACAACAACAACAACAAGUGCACCUCCAACUGUAACAACAAUUCCUCUUUGUUCAACAGCAACAUGGAAUUCAACAUCUACGAUAGCAGCUGGUACAACAUCAAAUCUUGGAUCAACACCAACAUUACUUUAUUAUCCAUUUGAUGUUGCAUUUGAUGCUUAUAAUUAUAUGUAUGUUGUUGAUUGUUAUAAUCAUAGAAUUCAAAGAUUUCCUCCAGGAUCAAAUACAGGAGUAACAGUAGCUGGCUCAACAGGUUCACUUGGAAGUUCAUUUUCACAAUUGUAUUAUCCAACAGCAAUUAGUAUAACAUCAAAUGGAACAAUGUUUAUAUUGGAUACAUCAAAUUAUAGAGUUUUAAAAUGGAAAUUAGGUGAACCCAUUGGUUUUAUUGUUGCUGGUGGAAAUGGUAAUGGUGCAGGAUUUAAUCAAAUUGGUGCAAGCUAUGGAAUCGUUGUUGACGAUCAAUAUAAUAUUUAUAUAUCUGAUCAAACAAAUCAUCGUGUGACGAAAUGGUUUAAUGGAAAUACAACUGUUGGAACUUUGGUUGCUGGCGGAAACGGUGCUGGUACUACACCAGAGAAAUUAAAUUCACCAUGGGGAAUAUAUGUCGAUAGUAAUAGUAGUAUAUAUAUUGCUGAUAGAAGUAACCAUCGUAUCCAACGAUGGGAUUUAGGUGCUGCUAAUGGUAUAACUGUUGCUGGUGAUAUGAAUGGAAAUGCUGGUUCAUUGGCAUAUCAAUUGAAUAGUCCAACGGGAAUUAUAGUGGAUCAAUAUGGUUUUGUUUAUAUACUAGAUUUGGGAAAUUCACGCAUCCAAAAAUGGGCUCCCGGUGCAACAUUUGGAACAACUGUUUUAACAGGAACAUUUAGUAAUCCAUAUGGAAUGGACAUUAAUGCAUAUGGAAAUUUAUUUAUAGCUGAUACAUAUUAUCAUCGUAUACAAUCAUUUUCUGUAUACUGUCCUAUAACAACAACAACAAAUAUUCCACUAUCAACACAAACUUCAAUACCAUUAUGUUCAACAGCUAUAUGGAAUUCUACAUCAGGUGUAAUUGCUGGUACAACAGGAAGUUCAGGAAGUUCACCAACACUUCUUUCAAGUCCAUAUGAUGUAACAUUUGAUAGAUAUCAACAAAUGUAUGUUGCUGAUUAUGGUAAUCACAGAAUUCAACAAUAUACAUUUGGAUCAAAUGUGGGACGAACAAUCGCUGGUAUAACUUCAAAUUCUGGAAGUACAUUAGGUCAACUUUCGAAUCCAUCUGCAAUUUAUAUCGAUUCAAAUGAUAAUAUGUAUAUAUUAGAUACAUCAAAUUAUCGUAUUCUUCAAUGGCAAUUAGGAAAUCAACUUGGUACUAUUGUUGUUAAUGGUCGUGGUUCAGGUACAACAUUAGAUAAAAUAGGAAUUAGUUAUGCUAUGUUUGUUUUUAAUCAAACUUAUAUUUAUGUAUCUGAAUAUGGAAAUCAUCGUGUGACAAAAUGGACAAUAUCAAAUAAUAAUAUUGGACAAUUGAUGGCAGGUGGAGCUGGUGCUGGUAAUACACCAGAAAGAUUAAAUGGUCCAUGGGGAAUUUAUGUUGAUUAUAAUGGAAUAUUAUAUGUUGUUGAUCGAUCAAACCAGCGUAUUCAACAAUGGGUUUAUGAAUCAGCAGUUGGUAUAACAAUAGCUGGCGAAAGUGGAGUAUCAGGUCCAUGGUCGUAUCAGUUUAAUAAUCCAACAUCUAUUACAUUUGAUCAAUAUGGUUAUAUGUAUAUAUUAGAUUCGGGAAAUACAAGAAUCCAAAAAUGGCUAAUAGGAAUGGCAUAUGGUGUAACAGUUAUAUCAGGAUCAAUGUCAAGUCUAUCUACAAUGCAUUGGGAUUUUUCAAAUAAUAUAUUUAUUGCUGAUAUUUCAAACCAUCGAAUUACAUCAUUUAAUAUUUUAUGUCCUCCAACAACAACAGCAACUGCACCAUAUCCAACAUUAUCACCGAAUUUAGCAUGUCAAACAGGUGUUUAUAAUACAAGUUGGUCAGUUGUAGCUGGAGUUACAUCAACUUCUGGAACAACAUCUACUAAUUUAAAUAAUCCAUAUGAUAUGUUUAUUGAUGGAAAUUUUAAUACUUAUAUUGCUGAUUAUGGAAAUAGUAGAAUUCAAAAAUUUCAAUCAGGAGUUUUAUCUGGAAGUACUGUAGCUGGUUAUACAUUAACUGGUGGUUCAUCAUAUUCACAAUUAUAUAAUCCAACAUCAAUAUUUGUCGAUUUAAAUGGAGCAAUGUAUAUAGCUGAUGCGAACAAUUAUAGAAUUCUAAAAUGGUUACCAAAUCAACCCUUAGGUUCUAUUGUUGCUGGUGGAAGAGGAAACGGUUCUACACUUGAUAAAAUUGGUUUUGUCUAUUCAAUUUUUGUUGAUAAUCAAGGAAAUAUGUAUUUGUCAGAAUAUACUAAUCAUAGAGUUACCUUAUGGUUAUCUUAUAAUACAAGUCUUGGUCAAUUGGUUGCCGGUGUUGGUUUUCUUGGAAAUUCAUCAAUUCAUUUAAACAAUCCAUGGGGUGUUCAUGUUGAUUCAAACGAUACUCUGUAUGUUGUUGAUAGAGGCAAUCACAGAGUGCAACAAUGGAUAAAAGGUUAUAUUUUUGGUAUUACUAUCGCUGGAAUAACGGGUACUUCUGGAUCGAGUUCAUCUCUUUUAAAUUCUCCUACUGCAAUUACUUUUGAUUCAAAUAAUUUCAUGUAUAUCAUGGAUGCAGGAAACAAUAGAAUACAAAGAUUUGCACUUGGAUCUGCAACAGCAGAUACUAUUGUAUCUAUGGCUUUCAGUUCUCCAAAAGGUAUGCGACUCGAUACAAUAGGUAAUCUAUAUAUUGCUGAUCAAAAUAAUCAUCGAAUCGUUCUUUUUCGAUGUGUCUAUAAUGUAUCGACAACAACGCUUACAACAGUAACUACAACAACAGGACCGACAACUUCAACAACAACAACAACCCGUACUACCUCAACAACAUCAUCCAGUACUUCUUCAACAACAGCAACUACAACAACAUCAAGAACUACUUCUUCAACAACAUCAUCCACUACUUCUACAACAACAUCAUCCACUACUACUUCAACAACAUCUGUAACUACUAGCUCAACAACAUCAUCUAGUACUUCUUCGACAACAGAAACUACAACAACGGGACUAUCUACUACCUCAGUUACUACAACAACAGGACCACCUACUACUACAGUUACCACUACAACAGCCACUACUUCAACAGGACCACCUACUACUACAGUUACUACAACAACAGGACCACCUACUACUACAGUUACUACGACAACAGGACCAUCUACUACUACAGUUAUUACAACAACACUAUUUAUUGCUACGACAACAACGAGCACAAGUACUACUUCUACAACGACAACUCCUGCUUCUACAACAACAAUAUCAAUAACGGUUACGACUUCAGCAACGAGUACAGCCGCUUUAACUACAACAACAAUAGUUGGAGCAACAACUACUACUGGAGCCACAACAAUAACAACAACUGUUGCAGGAACUACGGCAACAACUGCACUAGGAGCAACAACUACUACUGGAGCCACAACGAUAGCAACGCCAGGAUCUGGUGGUAGUGGAAGUAGUACAACCACCCUGUCUGCUGGUACUGCGAUUAGUGCGUCAAGCCAGAGUUCAUCAAAUAUAGGUGUUAUAGUUGGUAGUGCUGUUGGUGGUGCAGUAGCUCUUGGAGCUAUUGUUGGUAUUGGAGUUGCAAUAGCUAAAAAAUUAAACGGAGCAAGUUCUCUUGCCAACAAUCAAAUCAUUUCUACAGGAACCAAUAAUAUCUUUACGACAAUGGAGAGGAUAGACAAUCCAUCAUAUGUUCCACCUACUGAUCAAACUGCAUCGUCCAAUAUUAAGACCCUGGAGGAUUCUUCUUCAAAUCGAAAAUCUAAUACUGGUCCUAUCUCAGGUACUAGUUCCACACAAGGACAACUCAGUACUCGUACUUAUAAUAUUCGUAUUGUGAAAUAA